AUGGUAUUGGGUUUAAGCUCCAAGAACAGAAGAGGUUCAUCGAUACAAGUUGAUUACGUGGUCCACAUUCAUGAGAUCAAGCCUUGGCCACCUUCACAGUCCCUUAGAUCACUGCGCUCUGUUGUAAUACAAUGGGAGAACGGUGACCGCAACUCUGGGACAACAAAUGUGGUUGCUCCUUCUCUUGGCUCUGUGAUUGGCGAAGGCAAAAUCGAAUUCAACGAAUCCUUUAAGCUGCCCGUGACCUUGUUGAAAGAUGCGUCUGCUCGGAACAAGGUUGGUGAUGUGUUCUUCAAGAACGUCUUGGAGCUCAACUUAUACGAGCCUCGCAGAGAGAAAACACAUCAGCUCUUGGCAACUGCCACCAUCGAUUUGGCGGACUGUGGUAUUGUCAAAGACAGUUUGAGCUUGACUGCUCCGAUGAGCAGUAAACGAAGCUACCGGAACACCACUCCGCCUGUUUUGUACCUCACUAUUCAGCCCGUCGAUAGGCGCCGGGCCACUUCUUCAUCCAGGAAGAGCUCCAAGGAUGAAGCCACAAACGGUGGUGAAUCUGUCUCUGCCUUGAUGAACGAGGAAUACUAUAAGGAAGCUGAGAUUGCUUCCAUCACAGACGAUGACAUUUCCUCCCACUCCUCCUUGACGGUUUCAUCUUCAACUUUGGAGUCUAGUGGUGCCUUUUCCCUGCGAGCUGAAGAGGAAGAACAUGAGAGGGUUAACAAGAAUCCCAAAGGAAAUGGCCACGAGAGAUCACAAUCAGCAUCUGAGAGCAGACGAGGAGAAAUCGCUGACCAGGUUCCCUCACGUUCCUCAUCACUAGAUCUAUCUUCGGUGUUUAAUCUCCCGGUGGACAUUCGUGACUCUGCACCCAACGCUGACACUUGUGUGUCUGAGCUCGAGGACUGUGCUGAUGUGUUUAUAAGCGAUGAUGCUAAGGAGACCAAGUCUGUGCCAUCCCAAAUUGAUUGUCACUCGGAAAAUGCAUCGCCUCGAGCAUCUGAGAAUAGCCAAGAUUUGAUGAGUGAGCAGGAAUCAUCAGAGAGCAGAGUCGAGAAAUCAAGAAAGGUGAAGUCUGUUCGAUCAUCCCUGGAUAUAUCCCGGAGCAACAGCAGCCGGUUGAGUCAGUGCAGUGAAAAAAGAGAGGCUAAGGUGUAUCCAAAGUCUACAGGGGACACAAGUUUGGAGAGCAAAGUGAAGAGGUUGGAGAGUAAAGUAAAGAAGCUUGAGGGUGAGCUAUGUGAGGCUGCAGCCAUGGAAGCAGCUCUCUACUCCGUGGUCGCAGAGCAUGGAAGCUCAUCAACGAAAGUCCACGCGCCUGCUAGACGUCUUUUGAGGCUGUAUCAUCAUGCUUGUGGAGAAAACAAUCUGCCAAGAAGAGCCAAUGCAGCCAAAAGUGCAGUCUCCGGGUUGGUUCUUGUGGCCAAAGCGUGCGGGAAUGAUGUCCCUAGAUUGACAUUUUGGCUGUCGAACACAAUCAUCCUGAGGGCGAUGAUAAGUGCGGAAGAGGAGCCGAGGAGAAGCAAUAAGGCUCAGAGAGAAGAAACAGAGAAACGACCAUCCUUGAGGUGGAGAGAUGCUUGGAAUGAGAGUUUUGAUGGAGCCUGGGAUGACCCUAAAACAUUUGUAACGGCGCUAGAGAAGGUGGAGGCUUGGAUCUUCUCACGCGUUGUAGAAUCCAUAUGGUGGCAGACUUUGACACCGCGUAUGCAGUCGUCGGCAGCGUCCACCAAGAGAAACUCGGGUGACUUCUCAUUAGAGCUUUGGAAAAAGGCUUUCAGGGAUGCACACGAACGCCUAUGCCCUCUGCGAGCAAGUGGGCAUGAAUGUGGUUGCUUGCCCGUCCCUGCGCGUCUGAUAAUGGAACAGUGCGUGGCUCGCCUAGAUGUCGCCAUGUUCAAUGCUAUCCUUCGUGACUCUGAUGAGAAUUUCCCAACAGACCCUGUCUCCGAUCCCAUUGCAGACUCGAGGGUCUUGCCCAUUCCUUGUGCAGUAUCAAGCUUCGGUUCUGGGGCCCAGCUCAAAAACUCGAUAGGAAACUGGUCCAGGUGGCUCACUGAUCUGUUCGGCAUCGAUGACGAUGAUGGCGGCUCCGUUGAUACAUCCUCGUUCAAGACUUUCAGUCUUCUCAAGGCGUUGAGCGAUCUGAUGAUGCUUCCGAAAGAUAUGCUCCUCAACACUUCCGUGAGAAAAGAGGUUUGCCCAAUGUUCGGUGCACCGUUGAUCAAGAGAGUGUUGAAUAAUUUUGUCCCGGAUGAGUUUUGCCCUGACCCAGUUCCUGAUGCUGUACUUGAAGCUCUUGAAUCAGAGGAGGAAGCUGAGAAAGAUACGAUCACAAGCUAUCCAUGCACUGCACCUCCUCCGGUGUACUCUCCGCCUUCAGGGACUUCAAUCUCCACCAUCAUUGGAGACUUUGGGCAGCCCCAAGCGCCGCAGUUAUGCAGAAUCAGGUCUUCGGUUACAAGAAAAGCCUACACGAGCGAUGACGAGCUUGAUGAAUUGACUUCACCCUUGGCUGUUGUUCUUCUUCAACAGGCGGCUUCCCAGAAGCUCGAUAACGAUGAGACAGUCAGGUAUCAACUUCUCAGGGAGUGUUGGACCAACAGCGUCUGA